GACACGUUUGAAAAACGCAUCUUGUUUUCCACAAAUUAAAAACGUAGGUUUUCUUUUCAAAUCAGUGGUACAUAGAUUUGAUCGACGUUCUCUCGACUGUUUCUACUUUGACACCUGCUUGGCUCUUCUGACAAUGUACAAUAGCUGAAUUUCUUGUCCUAAGUGACAUUCAAUUGCAGUCGAAUUACGUAUGAUUAUUGCGUUUUAACCUACAUUGUUUAGUAACCCGCGCGGGUUAUGAACCUUGUCAUCUCGGGGAGAAGGCCCCUUGCGAACACUCUUCGCUGUUUCGCAGAACUGUCUAAACAUUCUCUGAACAAUCGCAGGAAGGGAUUUCUUGCUGCUCCGGAAUCAACAGCUCCUUCGAUAGUCAAGAGUCAGUUCGUUAGAAGCGACUCUUCGUCGACGGCUGUCGUCUCUCUCGAGUUGAGAAUGGCUUCGACGUCAUCUGACGGUGAUCCUCAUGCUUCUCCAGGGAAGCAGCAGAAUAGAUUAGCUCUCGAGAAGUCUCCGUACUUACUGCAGCAUGCGACAAAUCCUGUUCAGUGGUAUCCGUGGGGACGGGAGGCAUUGGAGAAGGCUCGAUCUGAGAAUAAGCUAAUUUUCUUGUCCAUUGGGUACUCCACGUGUCACUGGUGCCACGUAAUGGAAAAGGAGUCCUUUGAGGACCCUGAAAUUGCUAAAGUCAUGAACAGUUACUUCGUUAAUAUCAAAGUCGACAGGGAAGAGAGGCCUGACAUCGACAAUAUAUACAUGAGCUUUAUUGUGGCGCUUUCGGGCCAUGGUGGUUGGCCCAUGAGCGUUUUCUUGACUCCGGAUUUAUCACCGGUAUUUGGAGGUACCUAUUUUCCACCUACCGAUAAACAUGGUCAGGCAGGUUUCAAGACAGUCCUUCUUGCUAUCGCUACACAAUGGAAUGAGAACAGAGAUAACAUUCUGAAGACUGGGAAGAAAAUGAUCGAAGUGUUAAAGUCAACGGUUGUGGUUUCUUCCAGAACAGCGAGUGAAUCGAUACCUUCGAUAGACUCGGCAGAGACUUGUGCGAGACAGUUAGCAAGGCGGUACGAUCAUGCGUACGGAGGGUUUACCGAUCCUCCAAAAUUUCCUCAACCAGUGAAUUUAAAUCUACUGUUUUUGAUGUACGCGAGGAAUCCCUCUGGACAAGCUGCCCAACAAUAUCUCAAGAUGUGUACGAACACAUUGAUAAAAAUGGCCAGAGGUGGAAUCCACGAUCACGUUGGUCAGGGAUUUGCAAGGUACACCUUAGAUGGCAGAUGGCACAUUCCACACUUUGAAAAGAUGUUGUACGAUCAAGGGCAAUUGUUGAGGUCUUACGCAGAGGCUUACGUUGCCACCAAAGACGAGUUCUUCGCAGAAAUCGUGGACGACAUCGUUACCUACGUUACUAGGGAUCUCCGUCACAAGGAAGGAGGAUUUUACAGUGCGGAAGAUGCAGACUCCUUGCCAUCGCAGUCUUCGAAGGCCAAAAGGGAAGGAGCAUUUUACGUGUGGACAUAUCUGGAAGUUGAAAGCCUCCUCGACAAGAGAAUCCCAAGCUCUGAGAAUUUAUCCCUGUCUGAUAUCUUCUGCUUCCACUUCAUGGUCCGGCCAGAGGGAAACGUGCGGAGCUCCGAAGAUCCUCAUAAAGAAUUAUGCGGACAGAAUGUCCUGAUGAUCGAGGGUAGCCUGGAGAAGACUGCGGAGCACUUCAAGAUGAGCACGGAGGACACCAAGAGAUACAUCGAAGAGGGGUUGAAGAUCCUCUUCGAAGAGAGAUCCAAGAGACCGAGGCCUCACUUGGACUCCAAAAUAGUAACCGCCUGGAAUGGACUCAUGAUCAGCGGGCUGUCGAUCGCAGGAGCGUCUACAGGGAACAAGAAGUACGUGGAGUACGCCGAGAUGGCUGCGAGAUUUAUCGAGAAGUACCUCUUCGACAGGGAGAACCGCGUCCUUCUUCGCAGUUGUUAUCGCGACGAGGGCGACAGGAUCACCCAGACGUCCACGCCGAUCGAGGGCUUCCACGUGGACUAUGCGUUUAUUGUCAGAGGAUUGUUGGACCUUUACGAGGCGAGUUUGGAUACCCACUGGCUAAAGCUCGCAGAGGAGCUGCAGAACAUCCAGGACGAACUCUUCUGGGACCAGGAAAGUGCAGCGUACUUCUCGACCACCGGAGGAGAUCCUUCGGUCAUCUUCAGGAUGAAGGAUGAUCACGACGGGGCAGAGCCGUCCAGCAACUCGGUGGCCUGUGGGAAUUUGCUGAAGCUUCAUUCCUACUUCAAUCGGGCCGAAUUCAGCGAUAAAGCUGCGAGACUUUUGCUCCACUUCGGGGAGACCCUGGCGAAGAUGCCCACCAGCGUGCCGGAGAUGGUCUGCGCGCUGAUAACUCACCACGAGGCAGUGGCGCAGAUCUUCGUAGCUGGGAAGAAGGAUGCCGAAGACACCGAAGCACUGCUUCGCGUCGUCCGGGGAAGACUUCUGCCUGGAAGGACCUUGUUGCUGGUGGAUGAAGCUAGCAUAGAACUUCUGUCGAGGAAUGAAGUUCUGACAAACAUGGCGCCUCUUAAUGGCCGCGCUACCGCUUAUGUCUGUAGACACCGGACAUGUUCCUUGCCUGUCACGGAGCCUGCGCGGUUAUCAGCCCUGCUGGAUGCGAAGAACAAUUAAAAUCGUUAUCUCGAUCGCGGUUGUUAACCCGAUCGCUCGGUGAACAAGGGAGUGUACAGUCGUGUCUAUCGACGGUGUCUAUUUACGUCGCAUUGACGAGAUUUUGUAUGAUACAUCAGGGUGCGAGUUCCGGUCUCGGUCGGUUUUUGUAAAUGUUGAUCAAUCGAGAGAAUAAAGAGCUUGAGUAGAAUCUCAAGAAAGAGCGAAAUAUA